AUGAACAGUGUUUUACCUCCACCCCCUCCGCGCUACACCAUUCCCGUCGCGUAUGCGGCGGGUGCUGCCAAUGGCAUGGCGGUUCCGGUUGUUGAAACGAACAACAUCAUCACCCAUCCCGACGGCGGAUGUCCACUGCAAGUUGGAGAAGGCACAUACACCUUGAAAGAUGACUUGCUCCUCGCAACGCCUCCACCUCAUCCGUCCGAAGCGCCAAUUAUCAAUCCUAAUCCGCUAGCGACAGUUCCAUCACCACCAACCUCUGGUGUCAAGCUCUCUCUCGUAAGCCUUGACCCACGGAGACAGCCACCUACGUUUUUAAAGUCGGGGAUAUCCGCUCCUCCGUUUGGCGAUGGAAACGCUGCCCUUGCGGCACCUGCUGUGCCGGCAAAGGAUGCCAAUAAACGACGAAAGCCCAAGAACAACAUCAUCAAGAGUAGUUCUUCUUUCGUGUCAAGAGUGAUUACCAACGAAACCUCCGCCAAGCGUCUUGCUGAUCGCGACCCGAACGGCGUUUUCGCUUUUGCCAACAUCAAUCGCGCUUUCCAAUGGCUCGACCUCAAUUCUGCACAGAAGGAAGAACACUUGACGAAGGUUUUGUUCACCAAAGCACAAAUGCUUUGCCACGACAUCAACGAAGUGACAAAAACCUCGUCACAUCUCGACAUCGUGAUGGGCUCUUCAGCAGGGGACAUCAUCUGGUACGAGCCCAUGUCUCAGAAAUAUGCUCGGAUCAACAAGAAUGGAGUUAUCAACAAUUCACCUGUCACAAAUAUCAAAUGGCUGCCUGGCUCCGAGAAUCUGUUCCUGGCAUCCCAUGCUAAUGGUGGGCUUGUGGUUUAUGACAAGGAGAAAGAAGAUGCUCUCUUCACCCCGGAGCACAACUUGUCUUCUGAAGCCGGCUACACUCGAUUGCCGCUGGAGAUCUUGAAAUCGGUCAAUUCAAAAAACCAGAAGACCAACCCGGUAUCUUUCUGGAAAUUGGCCAACCAGCGUAUUUCUCACUUUUCCUUUUCGCCAGACCAGAGGCAUUUGGCAGUCGUCUUGGAUGACGGGUCACUUCGCCUGAUGGAUUACCUGCAAGAGGAAGUGUUGGACGUCUUCCGAAGCUACUACGGCGGCUUGAUUUGCGUCUGCUGGUCUCCCGACGGAAAGUACAUCGUGACUGGAGGACAAGACGAUUUGGUCACGAUCUGGUCCUUCCCUGAGCGAAGAAUCAUUGCACGGUGCCAAGGCCAUAAUUCGUGGGUGUCAGCCGUCGCUUUUGAUCCAUGGCGCUGUGACCAGAAGACGUACCGCUUCGGUAGCGUGGGAGACGAUUGCCGGCUUUUGUUGUGGGAUUUCAGCGUCGGCAUGCUUCGCCGACCGCGGGCUCACCACCAAAACUCCGCUCGCCAUCGUAGUAGUCUCGUCGUGCCAAGCACGCAGACCUCGAACCGCCAUCGAGCAGACAGUGGUGCGAAUCGCAUGCGAUCUGACUCUGGACUUACCGAGAAAUUCGAAGACGACCCAGAUCCCCUGGCAAGUCACCCGGUCGAACCUCGGGCUCGGACUGCACUUUUACCUCCGAUUAUGUCUAAGGUCGUUGGGGAGGAUCCUAUCUGCUGGCUCGGUUUUCAAAACGAUUGCAUUAUGACCUCUUCUCUAGAGGGCCAUAUCCGGACUUGGGAACGACCCAGCGAUAGUGUAAUCAAGGAUCACCGCCUCUGA